AUGGUCCGGGGAAUGGCACUUCCUCGCGUCCAUCGCCUCCAGGUCCCCAUCCUAGUCGACGCAGAGACAAACCUCAGCUAUCCUGUGAUGCUUGCCGACGCCGAAAAUCACGAUGCGACCGCCAAAAGCCUUGUUCAUUCUGCGCGGGUCGAGGCCAAGUAUAGUUCGGCCCAGUCACAGCCUCGGCGGCCCGACAUGCACGAUCGUCUUGUGCAGUUGGAAAGUCUUGUUAAAUCCUUGAUUACCAACUCUCACACUAAAAAGUCCUCUGCUGGAGCAUCUUCUGAUCCAAGCCCUCGAUCAGGGACUGGAGGCGACACUCUAGAGACCCCGACAGAUGGCCGCUCAGAAUGUGGUAGCAUGCACAUCAGCAGUUCGGGGUAUCGCUACGUUGGAGAGGACCAUUGGGCUUCGAUUUUAGACCGUAUUGCGGAUCUGAAAGACCACGUUGACUGGGAAGAGCAACAGAAGCUGGUGGCGAAUCCAGAGAAUUCCGCAUAUGAAGAAUGGGCAGGAGAUAGCUUUAACAUUCCCAUACGGCGGCCCAAGUCAGGAGGAUACGCAUUGCUUCUAUAUGGUGUUGGUCGGCCCGUUUCUCGGGAUCAAAUUCUCACUGCUCUUCCCCCGAAAGCUUCAGUUGAUCGCUAUAUCUCUCGUUAUUUCAACUACCUAGACCUCGUAUCAUCCUUUUCGGAGGCGCCUGGUUUGGAUAACGAACAUAAAUCACUUCAGAUAGACCUAUAUCGAGAGAAGGUCGUGCAGUGCCUGCUCCUGGGAAACUAUACUAACUGCGGGCCGUACGUGCUGGAAACAAUCAUUAACUACGUUUAUGCCGAAUUCUGUGUACACAGAGAUGCUCACAAGGACAUUUGGUUCCUGCUUGCGCUCGAAGUCAACCUAGCGAUGCGUAUGGGCUAUCAUCGCGACCCUAGCCAUUUCCCUGGCAUCUCACCCUUUGCAGGAGAGAUGCGGUGCAGAGUUUGGGGAAUAGUGAAAAUGGGAGAUAUUCUUAUUUCGAAUCAAAUAGGAAUGCCACGCAUGAUCUGUGAUUGGAAAUGGGAUACGGCCGAACCGCGGAAUUUGAAUGAUACGGAUUUUGACGAGGAUACAGCGGAGCUUCCACCGUCGAGGCAUGAAAAUGAACACACAAUAUCCCUCGGUCCCAUUGCACGAGGACGUAUAUUGAAGGCAUUGGGAAAGGUGACCGACCUGACGGAUUCUAUUAAACAGCCAACUUACGCUGAAGUCAUGCGUGUGGAUGGUAUCCUCGAAGAGGCUGCACGGAGUAUCCCACAGCCAUUACGAAUGAAGCCAAUAGCGGCAAGUGUGACUGAUUCUCCGCAGAUAAUCAUGUCACGUUUGUUUUUAGGCCAUUUAUUCUACAGGGGAAAGAUCAUUCUUCACCGACGAUUUCUACACAUGCACUCUCCCUCUCAAGAUAAUGAUUCUUUUGUCUAUUCGAGAAAGGCUUGCAUCGAAGCCGCUCUGGGGACCCUAGAGAUCCAAAGCGUGCUUGACGAAGAGACAUGUCCAGAAGGUCAGCUUCACACAGUACGCUUUCAGGUGACUUCGAUUAUGAAUCAUCAAUUUCUCACAGCUACAAUGAUCCUAUGCUUUAUGUUAUAUAGUGGCCAGACACAAGGGAGGGAUGACGAGAUACGAACUGCACUACAAAGAUCAAGAUCUAUCUGGAUACGAAGAAGCUCUUUUUCCAAGGAGGCACAAAAGGCCGCUGAAACUGUUAGCAUUGUUCUUACCAAAGCCGGAGGGUAUCCUGAUACAUGUACCAAUAACUGGAUGACGGAGAUUGGAGCUAUGUCAAAUAACCUCGAUGAGGGAUACGAUAAUAGUUUCAUGGUGAGCUUCAAUGGAUCGGAAAUGUUCACGGGGAGUACAUGUAUGAUCAUUAUCCUAGUCAUGACCUGGAGACCGAGCUGACCAUGCUAUAUAGGCCACCUGUUCGCCCUCCCAGAUUUUACGACAAAUCCGGCAUCGUGCAAUCCAGAUGGUGAGAAUCUAGAUAUGGACAUGGAGAAAACUAUAGAAGAGUGGACAGUUAUGAACUCAGCGGGAUUAGG